AACACGCGGAUUGUGGAAUUAGCUGCAAAAUGGGAACACCACAGAAAAUCCUAUUGCCUCCGCCUAAUUUUAAUAAUAAAAGGUCAGCUCCAGUUACAAUGAAGCCUCAUUUUCUCACAUCUUCAGGUAUGACUUUACAUGCGCGGCAUCAACCGCCGCCAAUGUAUGGAAAACGUGGCGCCACCUACCCAGGAAAAUUCCUACAAACGACGGCUAAUAAGUAUUCCUCGCCAGUGGUGCCUGAACCAGAGAUGGCGGUUUCCCAAUUCUGCGAAGCUUGUGAUAUGGAGUUGCAAUCCGUAAAUGAUCUGCGACGGCACAAAGCGCAACACGAAAAGUGUCCAGUAGACAUUUGCAAUUAUCGUGGACAUCCAUCAGUAAUGGAUAAACAUGUGGCUACUCUUCACAGCUCCGGAUUGUUUGAUAAAUUCAAAAAGCUUAGUUCGCCUGAAGAAAUAGCGGCUUGGCGCGAAGAAAGAAAGCAAAAAUAUCCUACAUUGGAGAAUUCGUUAAUGCGACAACGAGCUAGAGAGCAACGUGAAAAGCGUGGUGAGCGCCUAGAAAAUAGUAAAAGUAGAUUUGGAAAAUACGAUGAUCGGAAAAGAGCGCAGAAUAAUUCUGGAUGCUCCGAUAAAAACCAGAGGGGGAAACCAAAUCAACACCAAAAUUGUAAACCACGCACAGGCAAUGAACAUAACAGACGAAAUAACAAUAAGCGUCGCAGAAAAGAAGAUCAGAAAAGGCUUGAGGAGAAAAAGCAGAAUGAAGAAAUAGAAAAAAUUAAAGGAGCAAAGAAAGAAAAAGAAUUAAUAAUGGAAGAAUCUAAGGACGAAAAUGAUAGUAGUUGUGACGGCGUAUUUCUGUUUAAGGGAACAAGGGGACUGACAAAUUAUCAACAUUUUAAGCCAAAAAAGUCGAAAGAAAAAAACGUGUUAACUGGUUUGCUGGGAAUGUACGGUUCGGAUGAAGAUUCUGAACCAGACAACGAAGAUGAAAUGCUUACAGAAAGCGAAGAGGUUUCAUUGAAUUGCCUAGAGUUAAAAGUUGAAACUACCUGUACGGAAAAAAGUUUGGAUUGUACAGCAGAGUUGGUGGAGUCUUCAAACUUUCCUACGUUAAAGAUGCACCCUGAUAAAAAACAGUUAAAUAUAGAAAUUAAAAAUUGUUUAAUUGCCGAACCAGAAAAAAUCAUCGAAACUUCAGAAAAUUCCACUUUCGAAGUGCAUUCUAAUACCAACCAUUCAGAAAAUGUCGAAGAUGCAAAAUCGCCCAAUACCGACAUCGAUCCAAUUAAACGCUUGAAUCAUUCAAGUGCAAAUAUAACUUUGCACACUUCAAAUGAAGGUGAAGGAUUUGUUUGCUCAGACGAUGAAGCACCGGAAGAGGUUCCAAUCCAACGUACAACAGAUCUACCAAUGCCUACCGAAACGGAGAAGCCCAUCGAAAAUACGACAAAUAACGCAAGCAACAAAUUACCACCUGGUAAACAUACAAAAGCAAAUCAACCUUCUCGAAUUCAGAAGCAAAAGUCUGGCCUGGACUAUCGUAAAAUCCAUUUGCGUAAACAAAAUACGUUGUUGGAAAAGUUACUCGCGCCUGACAUACGCCAUGAACGCAAUGUGUUACUCCAAUGUGUUCGUUACGUAUGCGAGAAUAAUUUUUUUGGAAUUGGUGAAAAAAAGGAAGACUAGAAAUAGAAAAAUACUUCAAUAAAAUUUAAGUUGAAAAUUUA